GGCACGAGAGGCAGAAGAAGGGGGAGCCGCUGGUCGAAUUGGCAUUGCUAUCGGAGACUAAUCUCUCUCUCGAAACCUUCGAUUCGGCUAAGCCAUGGGCGUCGUCGAAAACCUCAACUCCGACCAGCUCAACUUCUUCAACUCUCAGGGUUACCUCGUAAUCGAAUCAUUCGCGGGUCGCGAAGAGAUUGACGCGAUGAUGAGGAGGAUGGAUCAGUUGCUCGAUGGCUUCGACUGCUCCACCGCCUCAAUUUUCUCCACCAAGAACCAGAAGCAGCACACUGAUAACUAUUUCUACGAUAGCGCCGAGAACAUUUCAUUCUUCUUUGAGGAGAAAGCAUUUGGGGAGGAUGGUAAUUUGAAGCAACCGAAGCAGCUGUCCAUUAACAAAGUUGGCCAUGCUCUACAUGAACAUGACCCUGUGUUCAAAACAUUCUCAUGCUCGGAGAAAUUUUGUGGCUUGCUCCUGUCACUAGGCUACAAGAAGCCAGUGAUCAUUCAGUCAAUGUACAUUUUCAAGCAACCGGGCAUUGGAGGAGAAGUUGUCUCUCACCAGGAUAAUUCUUUUCUAUAUACGGAUCCACCUACUUGCACGGGACUGUGGUUGGCUCUGGAAGAUGCAACCAUAACCAACGGCUGCAUCUGGGCGAUUCCUGGAUCGCAUAAAAAUGGUCUUGUCAGAAGAUUCAUCAGAGGUGAAGAGGGGGUUUCCUUUGAUCGGCCUUCUCCAGAUUAUGACAAAAAAGACUUUGUCCCUAUUGAGGUUAAAGCUGGAUCCUUUGUUGUCAUCCAUGGUGACCUCAUCCAUCAAAGUUUCGAGAAUCAGUCUCCAAAAUCAAGGCAUGCUUACAGUUUGCAUGUCGUGGAUACUGAUGGCUGUAAAUGGGCAGAAGAUAACUGGAUCAAAAGAAAAGUGGAGCCUGAGCCUCUUUAUGCUUCUUGAUCUGCUGCAGCUGAGCUUUUCUCAGUGGGACGGUGACUCAGCUGCGUGAUGAGAUGAAACCUCGUACAGGGUGGAUGCAUGUCAUGGUAAUGCAUCCAAUGUAAGGACACACUGGGGACUCAGUGGAUAUACUUCUCUGAGAGGGAAGAAGAAUAAGAAGAGACAGAGAUCUAUAACGGUCAGGUCGUUGACAUGGCGCCUUUUUUCAGUCGCCCACCCUCCGUUUGGGCAAAUGAGUGUCACAUGAGCCUUUUAUCCUUAGUUAUAUAAAGUCUCUUCAUUUGAGAACAUCAAUUAGGUUGAGAUCGGUAAGUAAAUGAAUUUAGGUAUUGUCAUAAAUAUUGUUAUUUUUGGCAAUAUUGCUGGUUCCUGUCACAUUUUUGUGAGAUAUAAUCACUUAAUAAUUUGAAAACUUUCCACUGGCGAUCUGACCUAGUUCUCA